AUCACCGAGGAAGACUGAGCGACUUCCGGUUUCGGGGCGCCCUUUCCUUGUGCACUAGUCGCCAAAUUGGACAGAGAGAAUAACAAAAAGCUGGUGUAGUGGUUUACGUCGAAGCCCCGCAACCAAGAGGUGGGAUUGAUGCCGCUUUAACAGUAAAAGACCAAGAAAUGUCUGCAGUGUUCGAUGGGAGUCCGCUAAAAGCGAUGCAGACCUCACACACUCACGCCCCGCAGAUUGCCCUGAGUGCUCAGGAACUGUCCCAGGAGAUCAAGUCCUUUAUCAGCGGUGUUGACACUGUACAGGGCCGGAAGCUUAAUGUCCGGGAACAUGCCCGCUGUGCUGUGCGACUGCUGCGCUCCGUCCCGGCCUGUCGAGGGGCUGUCCUGGAGCAUCUCAGAGGCGUGUAUGAUGAGCAUGUCUCUGCUUUCCUCCACAACCUGGAGACCGAGGUGGAUUCCAGCUCUGGGGUCAGCUCCAACCUGGAGGACAUCAUACAGGAAGUUCAUGGCGUGUUGUCAGAGUUCAUCCGCCUCAAUCCACGGGCCUGGGCUCCUCUGGUAUCUGCCUGGGCUGUGGACUUGUUGGGCCAAUUAAGCAGCAAGCAUGCCAGGGUGGCCCCCCACUCAUCCAGCCUUAACGAACUGCUCCAACUCUGGAUGUCUUGUGCUGCCACUCGGUCCCUGAUGGAGGCUUACUCCCAGUGUUUGGCUGCAAUGCUGGCCUGGUGUCCUGACGCAUGUGUGGAUGCAUUGUUAGAUACCUCAGUUCAGCACUCCCCACAUUUUGACUGGGUGGUGGCUCACAUCGGCUCUGCCUUUCCUGGAACUAUCAUCAGCCGAGUUUUGGCAUGUGGACUUAAGGAUUUCUGCUCUCAUGGUGCUAAGGACCAAGGGCUUGUGGUUGGAGUAGAUAAAGGCAGCAGAGUGCCCAAGAUCGGCUCAGUAGUUGGAAUUCUUGGACACCUUGCAGGUCACCACUCUGACAGCAUCAGGAAGGAGCUGUUGCGGAUGUUCCAGGAAAGCCUGACUCCAUCAAGUCCUCUGUCUCCCACUCCCUCGUCAACAUCUUGGGAGAGUUCACCCCUACUCCGUCGGGCUGCGGUACCAUUUUUGCUACAACUGGCUGCGAUGUCUCCCAACCUCUUUGGUGCUGUAUCUGCAGAACUGGUCGAGCUAUUACGCCCCCCUGUUCUGCUCCAGCUACAGGGUCUGCUGCAGGGCCUCCCCAGAGAGGAACUGGACAACAUGCUGGGUUUGGCAGUCCACCUUAUUAGCCAAAGUCCAACAGGGGGAGCCCGGGUCCUCCGUUUUCUAGCAGACACAGCAACCCCAGCCUCAGUCAUCAUCUCUGGCCCUACACUUUCACCUCACGAAGGAGUCAGAGAAGGCUGUGACCGCCUCCUUCAGACGCUUCUUUUGCAUCUACACAAGCUGGUCUUCAAUCGCUCAGAUGGAGUUGAGGGAAACCCCCUUAACUCUGCUUCCUCACAGCCCCAGAGGACCAUACCCUUCUUAGAAGAGCUGCAGUCCCAUGUUGCUGAGCUCUGUGCUGAGACAUUACGACUAGAGAGGAAACGACACCUCUGGUUGCACCAGUUGCUGUGUCUGCUGUCUGUUUACGGAGGUCCUAGUGUGGCCACUGAGACCCUCUGCCAGCUACUCACCCAGGCCCGGAACCCAGAAGAGUUGGCUCUGGCCUGGCAGCUCCACACUACUCUGUCUUCUAGCAUGGCUGGACUCAUCCCUGCCGCUAUAGCUCGCUGCGUGGCCCAGAUACAUACACACACACUGGGACCCCGGCAGCUGAGGCAGCUGCUGCUUAACCUAGCUGCAGCCAUCCAGAGUCAGGAUGAAGAGAGAAGAGGAGCGGCUGGCGCCCAGUCCACCAUGGCAGUCCAGGUGGGCUCAUCCGUCUCGGGACACCUCCAUGAUUUUGUCCCCCUCCUUCUCCACGGUGACCCAGCUGUAUCUCAUGCUGCAGUGCGCCUUCUGUCCUGUAGCCCACUACCUCGCACUUCCUCCCCAGCACACCUGCUGCUGCUUUCGCGUGUAGCUGUUACCCAUUUUUUCCUGGUGUUGCGGAGGAGAGGAGAAGGGGGCAAGGUGGGGAGAGAUGGGGGGCAGGCAAAUGAGGCAGUGAACUGUUCAGUCCUGCUGCUGUCUCGUUUCGCAGCUUAUUCCCCCCUCACUCUAAAAGCAGUACUUCAGCAGUUGGUCGAGGGGGCUCUGCAUAAGGGCAACACUGACCUGUUCGGUGGACAGAUUGUAGAUACUUCUGGUGCUCCUGUUCCUGCCUCUACGCCAUCGUCUGACCUUGGAGCCUCCCUGCUUGAUAUCAACUGCCGAUUUGGUACCACUGUCAACUUUUCUGGCAGUGUGUGGUCUGUAUUUCAUGCUGGGGUGAUUGGCAAGGGGCUGAAGGCUCGCACUAUCACACAGCUCCCUGACCCCUCUGGAGUCAUACAGAACAUCCAGACUCUGCUUUCUGUGAUAGUCCAGUGUUGCAGCUCCUCUGGUUUCAACGGCUCUCGACCACCAUCUGAUCCAGACGAACCUGCACCCAUCAAUGCUGAAGCAGCCAAGGUUGUUGCGGUCACAAUGGUGGAAAAUGUCUGUCCGGAUGUGGCCAAUGGGGAGCUGUCCUGGCCCCCAGAAGAGCACGCCCGCACCACCGUGGAGCGAGACAUCCACAUUCGACGUUGCUUUGAGGCCCACCCGGUGCUCUUUCCUUUGCUUCAGCUGGUGGCAGCCGGACGGCCGGCUCUCUGCUACUGCUCAGCUGUUCUCAGAGGCCUCCUGGCCACUCUGCUGGCUCACUGGGAGGCAUCCCGUGAAGCAUCAUCCACAGACUCCCCAUGGCACCUCCAGGUCUCCUGCCUCCUGGUGUCCUGCAUGGGAGAGGGUCAGCUCCUACCUCCUGUCCUGGCCAAUGUCCACGAAGCCUUCCCUCACCUUAGUCCCUUCGAGGUGAGGCUGCUGCUUCUGGCUGUGUGGGAGUAUGUGAGGGGCAAUGGGCCCAUGCCCCAGAAGUUUGUCUUCAGUUCAGAGAAGGGCCUGUUCUGCAGGGAUUUCUCACGUGAUGGUGAUGUGGCAAGAUAUGUGGCACCAAUUCACAGCGUCCUUCAUAAAAAUAUUGAUAGACUGGGACACUUGUGUUGGAGGUUCCAGCUUUAAACUGUGUGCACCAUUUGACAAAGUAAACAGUCUACUAAAUGGACUUCAGCGUUGUACUGCUCUAAUAAUGGACAGACGAACAAUAUUGUAUGUUUAUGUACAUUUUGUACUAUUUUUACACUUGAUGUGUUUCUGAGUAGUUGUUUUUGUGAAAAAGACAAGCGGACAAAAGAAGGGGCUCUUCAGUACAAUAUUUGAAUUUCCUGGUUAAUUCGUUCAAACAAACACAGCCUUUGUGUUAUUUCAGUUAGAAAACAUGGCUCUUUCAAGGCAUUUAUAUAUUCUGAUAUUUUCAUGCUCUAAAUAGAAACCUGUUUCUUUUACUUUGUGUACUUGUUCUUUCAACCACUUUACAAAAUAAAUCAAUGAAUAUUGUUGUCGCUA